AUGUCUGAACGAAAAGCAAUAAAUAAAUAUUAUCCGCCCGAUUAUGACCCUAUUUUGGCUGAGAAGUCAAUGAGGAAAAAUGCCAAACAAUUGAAGACGAUGGAUAAAGGAAAGACGACUAUCCGAUUGAUGACUCCUUUCAGCAUGAGAUGUCUGAAAUGCUCUGAGUUUAUUCCCAAAAGUCGGAAGUUUAAUGGGAAGAAGGAGCUUCUUCCAGAGAGAUAUUUAGAGUCUGUUAAAAUAUAUCGUUUGACAAUUAGAUGCCCACGCUGCGCAAACAUGAUUUCGUUCAAGACAGAUCCAAGGAAUGGAGAUUAUAUAAUGGAGGAAGGUGCAACAAAGAAUCAUAUCAGUACUCCUGCAGCUGAUGCUGUGACGGACCAUGGCGAAACAAUCGAUGAUUCUAUAACCCGUUUACUACUGCAACAGGAACAAGAAGAUAAUGAUAAGGACGGAUUAAAGGAAACGAAACAAGACAAAAUGGAAUUAUUAACGAAUAAAUUAAUGAAAUUACAAAGAGAAAAAGAAGAUGACGAGAUAUUGACCAAGAUACAUGCAAGUAAUUUGGAGCGAUUUAAGAAAUCGAAGGAAAUAAGUAAUAAUGCUAAAGUAGUAGCUGCCUCACAAUCAGAAAAGAGCUUGGAAAAAGAAGUUGACGAAAUAUUCGCAAAACAUAAGAAACUAGCGUCUAAGAAUAUAGUAACGGACACUAGCGACAGGAAGCUUAUCCCACAUGUCUCAAAACUAAUCCAGUCACAUGGGAAAGAGUCAAUAAAAUUCAAGAAGAAAAAUACUAAAAAAUUAGUCAGCUAUUAA